UGCUCCCUUUGUCCUUCUCUUUACCUUAGGGCACACCUCAUCUUCAGCUAAGAAGGAUGGUGCUGAAGACGAACACUUGCCGCUUCAGCGGCCUGAGGAUCUACCCCGGCAAGGGCCUUCUGUUCAUCCGCACGGAUGGCCAGCAAUACAUGUUCCUGAACAAGAAGUGCAAGUCCUACUACCACAACCGCCUCCGCCCCGCUAAGCUGGCGUGGACCACCAUCUACAGGAAGCAGCACAAGAAGGACCAGAUCAGCGAGGUGCAGAAGAAGAAGCGCCGGGCUGUGGCCAAGUCGGCCAACCGCUCCAUCGUGGGUGCCUCCCUGGAGGUGAUCCAGAAGAAGCGGACGGAGAAGCCCGAGGUGCGCCAGGCCAGCCGCGAGGCCGCCAUCCGUGAGGUUAAGGAGCGCGCUAAGAAGCAGAAGGCGGAGCGCGCCGCCGCUGCCAAGGCCGCUGCCGGCCCCCAAAAGUCGGCUCCCAAGGUUGUGGGCCGCGGCAAGCGCUAAACAGCUGACCCCUUGGCUGUUGAGGGUGCUGGCCUCAUGUAACGCGCAGUUGUGCUGCUG